AUGGCUUUUAAAACGACUUUUGGGCGAGAACCAACUGUGUUGAUGACAGAUCAAGACGCAGCUAUCAAGCAAGCGAUUCCAGCAGUUUUCUCACCAUCUUGUAGGCAUCGAUUGUGUAUGUGGUACAUAUCACAAACGUUCACCGACAAGUUGGGUUCCCAUAUGUCAAAGACGGGGGUUUUGCAACGAUUAAACGAUGUUAUAUGGAAUGAACGAAUCAAUACAAGAGAGUUUGAAAUAGAAUGGCAAAGGAUAAUGGAUGAGUAUGAGUUAAAUGAUAACAAAUGGUUUAAAGAUAUGUUUGCAAUUCGUGAUAAAUGGAUUCCUGCCUAUUUCAAGGAUUGCCACUUUUCAGGGUUAAUGCGAACGACAUCAAGAUGUGAAGAUGAAAAUUAUUUCUAUGGGUUGAUGACAAAUACAUAUUUGCAUUUAAUUGAGUUUCUCGGUCAUUUUGAAACGGCAAUGGAAGCACAACGUUGUGUUCAACGUAAAAAUAAUCAUGAUUCCCGCUACAUAAAUCCUGAUAUUAAAACAAACUUGUUGAUUAAAGAGGAGGCAUCUGAGACCUUUACACGAAAUGUGUUCUUUGAAAUCCAAAAGGAGAUAAUGGCAUCCAUGCUUACAUGUUACUCAAUUAAAGUCGAAGAAUAUGACAGAAUUAAUAAAUUCAGCAUCAAAGAUACUGACAAAGACGUUAAGCAUUUUGGUGUUUUUGAGGUUUCAUUCAUGAAAUCUGAUUGCACAAUUACUUGCUCUUGUUUACGCUUUGAAUUAACCGGGUGCCUAUGUAGACACUACUUUUAUGUAUUAAGGAUGUCAGGAGUAGAACAUUUCCCUAGAAAAUAUGUUUCAAGAAGAUGGACAAAGGAUGUGGUAUCGACUCCAUCAAGUGGGUAUAAUAUGUGUCAGUCUCCUAAAGAUGAUGCAAAUGAUGCCUCUAAAUCAAAGAUCCGGGACAUAUACUAUUCUGUUGACUAUUGUGUUGAUCGGCUAGUUUCUAAUAUGGAAAAGUUAAAGUUGUAUCGAGAGAAACUAAGGGAGAUGACGCAAGAAGUUGAUGAAGAUACAAGAAGUGUACAACCCAUGACGAACAGAGGCUUCAUUGAAGCGGUGUUUGGUGUUGAGAAGCGAGAUGAAGUAAAUGUUAAAAUUCCAGAAGGAAUUAGAAACAAAGGUAGUGGGUCGGUUAAGAAAAGGGUGAUAGGAGAAAAAGAGAUGGCGAUUUUGAAGGCUAAAAGGGGUUCGAGAAAAUGUGGACGAUGCGGGGAGUAUGUUGAUCAUAAUGCUCGUACUUGCAAGAAAAAAGCAAAUGACUCUGCUUCUAAAUAG